UGUGACCUGAAAAGAAGUCAAACAGGUUGGACCAGUCUCCAUUACAGGUCUCCCAACAGGAUGUAUGCGACUGAAACCGAAGGGUCUGAAGUGUUUUUGUUUUAAACUCAUUUCUGCGUGAGAACCCCUGAAUAUAUCCGACGGUGCUGCUGCAGAGUCACACAGAGACAGCAGGUAGUCAUGGCACCACAUGCCACAACAUGACCGACAAUGAAUUCCUGUACAGUGGAGAGAGGUGUGCGUAAGACGUGGAGUCUUUAAAGGAAACGAGCAGAAGACAGAGAAGCACAGUAAGACCGUCAUAUAUGCUAGUAAUGGACUGGUCUGUGUUUUCCUGUUUAAAGAAGAUAUUAUUUUUGGAGUGUUUUUUCGUCUUGCGUACGCAAAAGUGCCGCCAGUGGACGAUGCCGGUGGCAGGAGCCCUGUGGCGCACGGGACUCCUGCUCUGCUUCCUCGGUUUCUGCGCCUGCCUGGAGGAAGAGUGCGUCCAUGGCGUAGUAGGACGGCCAGUGUCACUGCCCUGCUUGUACCCGAAAUUACUACGUUUGGAGAAUUUUUCCAUUGAGUGGAGGAGAAAUGACGAAGUGGUGGUGGUCAGAUCAGUGUUUGAAAAGAAAAGGAACGUGGAGGAACUGAGCCUUAAGAGCGCCACAAUCUCAGCGGACGCCGCACUGACCGGGAACUUCUCCCUGGAGCUGCCCGCAGUUCAUCCCACAGAGCACAACAUGAAUUACAGUCUCUUCAUCAUUUCAGAAAAGAAUCAAAGUGCUGCUUUGUGCACCGUGUGCCUCAGGAUAGCAGCCAGUUUCAGCACCCCACUGUUGCAGAGGGAAGAAGCGGCUCAGGGAGGUGAGACGACCCUCUUCUGUCACUCCAGCGGUGGUUUUCCUGAACCUACAGUUCUCUGGCUCAUCAACAACACCAAGGAGCCCCCCGAAGGCUCAGUGAGGACCCAGGCGGCAUCACUCCCAGACUCCCAUCUGUACAACAUCACAAGCCUCCUGACAGUCAACAUAUCCAAAGACUCCAGUGUGUCGUGCACCAUAGAGAACCUGUCCAUGAAUGAAACCUUGACUUCCACAAGCUAUGGAGAUCAGACCAGCCCGGUGGUGAGUCGAGCAUCAGAGGCCAUGUGGAUCUUCAGCACGGCUCUCAGUGUGGUGGUUGGGGUCUUGGUGAUGGUAGGAGUCGCCUACCAGAUUCACCUGGACAGGAUAAGUAAGAGGAAGAAGCGCGAACACCAACAUGCUAACAGAGGAUACAAAAGGAGAAGUCCUUACAAGGAGGAGACCGAGGAGACUGAGGUCAUGAAGCUGAAGCCAAAGGAGACCGAUGUGUAAAAAUCUGAGUGAACAAAUUCCCACUUUAGUUGAGUAGAGAUAACAGAGCACUGAUGUAUAUAUGUAUUUUUAUUGACCGCUUGGAUCAAGGACUGCUGCAAUAUUCAAGUGGAGGGUUUUUAAGCUAAAAAAUCACACCCCUUCACAUUCUUCUCACAGGGAGGACUUGUAUUUUCAAUAAAGAUGCCCUAACCCAGGCA